GAGCUUAGAGUUUUUGUUUUGGAUUUUUCUUCCUCAAAGACAAAACCCACCCUCACCCCACCUACCCCCCCCCCCACCCCCCACCCCACUUAAAAAAAAAUAUGCAUCUUCCUGACUCAUACCCUUUAAUAGAUAGAGUGUUUUAACAGCUUUAUCUUAUUUUAAUCUAUCCUUCAAACUGUUUUAUUUUAUUGGCAGUGUAAGUAAGAACAACACAUAAUCCCUUCAUUUUGGGAAACCACAAUAAUCUCAGCUUUAGCAUCUUUUGAAACCUCAUAAACGUAAGCUUAGGAAACCACAAAUUACUUUCCCAAAGCACUUGUUUCCAGUGUUUGUCUGGUGGAACAACAACAAGUUUUCCACUUUUGUUUGUUUGUGUUCUUGUUGUUGUUGUUGUUGUUGAGCUCCAUAUAGUCUUCUUUCAGAGGAAAACUUGUUUCUUUUUGCUUGAUUUCUUAUCUUUUUUUUUACCAAUGGCUGCAACCCACAAAGAUUCAGUUGUUAAGAUUAUGAUCAAGAAUCUUUGUUCCUCUUUUGGAUGGUCUUAUGGUGUUUUCUGGAGCUUUGACCACCCAAAUUCCAUAUUGUCAACUAUGCAAGAUGCUUACUUUGAAGAUGAAUUUCAAGGUUUGAUUGAUGAUUUGCUUCUACAAUCUCCCAUGCUUGGAGGAGGGUUAAUUGGACAGGCUGCUUUCACUAAGAAACACCUGUGGAUGAACUCAGAAGAUAAUUACAUAGGAGAAAGCUCUUCAGGUUCAAUUUGGGAUAUGUUUCAGGAUAAUUCCAAAUUUUGUGGGCAAUUUUCUUCGGGUAUAAAGACAAUUGCAGCUAUCCCUGUGGAACCACAAGGGGUGUUACAGUUUGGGUCUACUAAUAAGAUUCCGGAGAACACAGAUUUUAUAAAUCAAACGAAAACAAUGUUUAACGAAAUUGUUAACGGAAAUUUACCAACAAUUUCAUCUUCGUCGCCAAACGGAAUGUUUGCGUCCUUGAUACCGUCACAAGAUUCCUAUUUUGGAUCCAUGUUUGUUGAUAAUAACCAGUCAACUACAGAAUUACAACCAAGCAUCGGUUCGGGUUUGACUUCCUUUAAAGAACCACUUCAAGACAUGUUUGACUUUGACUCACCGACCGAUUUUGGAAUCAUGGAUGAGUUCUUCCAAACAGGAGAUUUCAAUAUUUCUCAGUGGUACCCUCAGUCCCCUAUGCAAAGCAAUGUCACACUCAAUGAUCAGUUGUCAUCGCAAUCCACUGGAUUUCUUCCAGUCAGUUUCGACGAAAAAGUCAAACCUUUGACUAUUUCCGGUAUAGACGUUGACCUGUUUGGAAACACCGGAGAUCUCGGAGACAUUGUAACGCCCGUCAUGAAUGAUAAUCGUUUACGUUCCGAUUCAUUCAAUUUAGCGAAUUUAGCGAGUUUAGCGAGACUCCCUGAGUCAAAGUCAACUCAAAGUAUCGAAAAUGACUGGGCUGACCUUCCUCCAAAGAAAGGAUUGUUCUCUAACCUCGGGAUAAAGGAGCUCUUUGAGGGUAUUUCGGGUACUUCCACCUCUUGCGUUGAGGAUCAAGUGUCGUCUGGUUCGAAAAGAAGAAAAACGGAUAAUCCCAUAUGGGAAACGGGUCCGUUACAGCCCGCUGUGUAUAAUAAGAAUCUUGGGCAGAAAAGCGAGCCUGUUUUUAAAUCGGAGCCAUGGUUAGGUGAUGGUUAUAGCAUGGAUGGUUCAAGCACGCUAUCGCAAGCUAAGAAGCAAGUCGAGCCCACAAAGCCCACUAAGAAAAAAGCUAAACCGGGGACUCGGCCCAGGCCCAAAGACCGCCAAAUGAUAUUGGACCGUAUGGCUGAGUUAAGAGAACUCAUUCCGAACGGUGAAAAGAUGAGCAUUGAUUGUUUGUUGGAUCGAACGAUUAAACACAUGCUUUUCUUGCAAAGUGUAACGAAACAUGCUGACAGAAUCAAACAAGUCGAUGAGCCGAAGUAUAAUGGCGUCAUUCAGAAUAACCAUUCAAAUGAUCCGAACAACAGCGGUGUGACAUGGGCAUGUGAGGUCGGAAAUCAAACGAUGAGUUGUCCGCUAAUAGUAGAGGAUCUUAGUACCACGGGACAAAUGCUCAUAGAGAUGAUUUGCGAACAACAUGGAUUUUUUCUCGAAAUAGUGGACGUAAUCCGCGGUUUCGGUUUGACCAUUUUGAAAGGCGUCAUGGAAUCCCGAGAGGAAAAGAUAUGGGCGCGUUUUAUAGUUGAAGCCGAGGCAAAAAGGCAUGUAACGAGGCAUGAGUUAUUUGCCGCACUUGUUCAACUUCUACAAACAAUGGGGUCUAACGAUAACCAUCUUGAAAAAAAGAUUAUGCAAACAGGGAACUCUCUAGUAAACGAUUUCCAUCAUUCCGGGAUACAACUUCCUGUAAGCUUUGCCGACACAGGGUAUGGCAUGAACUUAUAACCGCGCUUUGAAUAAUAAUAAUAAUACCAUGAGCAUUGAUUUCCAUGAUUGGUAUUCUUGGAAAAAAAGUUAGGUUCACCGAAACGAGUGGUGAUUUUGGCGAGAGUUAGAAAACGAAGCGUGAAAUUUGUCGGAUGCAAGGAGAGUUAGUUAUGAUUCUCGGCUUCUUUUACUUUGUUUCGAGUUGUUAGUGUUUUUUCGUCGGUUUCCUUCUUUCUGACAGUUUUCGGAAUUCAAAUGUUCAUAGUUUGAAACUAACAAGAAAGAACAAUAUGAUUUGUAGGCGGUUAGCCACCUUGUGAUUAUAUCCAUAUAGGCUUUGGUUGCUUGUGAAA